AUGCAUAUCCAAUCAAUUCCUAUGUGGGUUGGGUCGUCCAACAACUACGCCUAUAUCGUGACCGAUGAAGACACUAAAGAGGGUAUCAUUAUAGACCCUGCAAACCCUGAAGAAGCAGGACCACCUCUAUCAGAAGCUAUAAAGUCCGGUGCACUUAGACUGAAAUCGAUCGUGAACACACAUCAUCAUUGGGACCACUCUGGAGGAAACUCAAAGAUUCUUUCGAAACUACCUGAGAAGGUUCCGAUUGUUGGUGGAAAGGACUGUCAAGCUGUCACAGAAACGCCGGCAGAUAGAUCGAAGUUCUCGAUUGGCAACAACAUCGAAGUGACGGCACUGUAUACACCAUGCCACACACAGGACAGCAUAUGCUGGUUCAUGGAGGACAAGAGCAAGAACGAAAGAGCCGUGUUUACAGGUGAUACUCUUUUCAUUGGAGGUUGCGGAAGAUUCUUUGAAGGCACCGCAAAUGAAAUGCAUGUAGCACUGAACAAGACUCUGGCAAGCUUGCCGGACGAUACAAAAGUCUUCCCGGGUCAUGAGUACACCAAGGCGAACGUCAAGUUUUUGGCGAAGGUAGCACCAGACGAUCCUGCCAUCCAGAAGUUACAGAAACUGGCGGAGGACAACAAGGAGACGCAGGGACUAAGCACAAUCGGAGAUGAAAAGAAGCACAAUUUAUUCAUGCGAGUGGAUAGUGAUGAGAUGCGCAAAGCGACUGGGAAAACCGAUCCUAACGAGGUUAUGGAUGAGUUAAGGACAAUGAAGAACAAUUCGUAG